AUGGAAACCUUAGAAGUUCAUUCAAAGGAUUUUUUGAUCAAAUGGGUUAACGUCCCCGAUAAUUCAAUUAUCGACUGGCAAGUCAAACCUUUGAAAAAAUCCAUCAAUUUCUCCAUUUACAAGAAAAAUGAAGUUCUUGAUGAAAAUUUCGAAGAUAAGGAAAGAUUCACUUUCAAUGGAUCCAAUGCAUCAUCUGCCACCGUUAAUUCUACCAAUUCCUUACAACCCCCAUCAAGGAAUAGAUCGAAUUCGGUUUCUUCGGUCAAUAAAAUCACCGAAUCCUUCUAUAAGACCAAGUCUCGUUCAGCUACCUUAACUUCCAACAUUAACAAUGGUGAUUUAACAUUGAUAAAAAACUAUAACAAGUUGAUUUCCAAUGAAUUAGUGCAUGGGAAGUUAGAAGUGUCGAAAGCAGGAGUUUAUGCUUUCAUUUUUGAUAAUUCUUUCUCCAAAACCAUUGGAAAAAAGAUCUUAUUUAGUAGUAAAAUCAUCGAAAAGGAAACUAGAUCAUCACAUUCACCUACAACCAUGCCAUCUAUCCAAGCCACUUUGACUGAGGCCAGUUUGGAUGCUGUAAAUACCAAAUUAGACCGGAAAUUAAGAAUAAAUGAUCCUAAAGAGACUAAUAUCAUGAGACCUAAGAACGGUGAAUUGUUACAGAGUAUAUUAUUGAAGAAGAGAAGAAAGAAGUUGCAAGGAUUUGUCAAAAGAUACUUCGUUUUGAACUUAAAAUACGGUACUUUGUCGUAUUUCCGUGUCAAUGAUAGUAAAUUGAGAGGACAAAUGCCUAUCACUCAAUCGAUUAUCAGUGCUAAUGUUAAGAGAUUGGAGAUUAUUGUUGAUUCAGGUAUGGAGAUUUGGGAUUUGAAGGCGUUGAACAAGAAUGAUUUUGAUAUUUGGGUGGAUACUUUCAAUUCCAUUAAGAAAUCUCAUUUCAAUGAUACUGAUGAUAAGAAGGAAGGAUUCGUGGACGAAGAAAGUGUUGGUGGUUCAACUGUUGAUGAAUUACAUGCUAUCAACCGUAAGAUCAAUGAUUUGAUGGAAACUUCACAAGAUCAACAAACUAGAGCUGGAUUAGAAUCUUUAUCGAGUGACGUAGAGAAACUUAUUGGACGAUUCAGUUAUAAUAAGAGCUUUGAUGCCUUCUCGGUAUUUUCCAACAAUGAAUUCUUUGAUGCUAAGGAGAUUAUUGAUGGUGGAGUGGUUGAAUUACCUGAUGAAGAUGAUUAUGAAGAUGUCUUUGAGGAGGAAGAUGAUAGUUCUCUUGAUAGCGAUGACGAUGACGAUGACAGAAAUGAUCUUUCCAUAAUCAAAGAAAGUGAUUCAGUGAAUGAAGAAAUCACUAAAGAAGUAGACGAAGAAGACAAUGAUAAUAACUUAUCACCAUUACCAUUAGAAUCGGUGUCAAGACCUAACACCAUUCCUGAGUGGACUUUACCCCCAACUUCUAUUUUAGCAUUUUUCCGUAAGAAUGUUGGUAAAGAUUUGACGUCAAUUUCCAUGCCUGUUGAUAUGAACGAACCAGUUACCAUUUUACAGAAAUAUGCUGAAUUAUUAGAGUAUUGUGAUUUGAUCGAUAAUGCUUUGGAAAUUGAAGAUUAUCAAAAUUCCGGAGAAAAGAUCCUCAGAAUAGCUGCUUUUGCUGUUAGUGGAUUAUCAUCAGUAAGGGAAAAGGAAAGAAAUGUUAGGAAACCUUUCAAUCCUUUAUUAGGAGAAACGUUUGAAUUGAUUCGUGAAGAUAAAGGGAUCAGAUUAAUCAGUGAAAAAGUAUGUCAUAGACCACCAGUAUUUGCAACAUUUGUGGAAGCUGAAAAUUGGACCUUAAGCUUCUCUUUAUCACCAUCACAGAAAUUUUGGGGUAAAACUGCUGAGAUUAACAAUAAAGGUAAUUUGAAAUUGACUAUUAAAUCCACUGGUGAAGUUUAUACCUGGCAACAACCAACAUCUAUGUUGAAGAAUAUCAUAGCUGGUGAGAAAUAUACUGAACCUGUUGGUGCCAUGACAAUCAAAUCAUCUAAAGGUGAUAAAGCAGUGGUGGAAUUUGCUAAAGGAGGUAUGUUCAGUGGUAGAUCAGAAGAAUUAUCCAUUGAAGCCUUCGAUGCUCGUAAGAAGAAAUUGACCUAUUCUGUUUUUGGUAAAUGGACAGAAUCCUUAACUUUGAAAACCAAUACCACUGAAAAGUUAAUCUGGGAAUGUGGUGAAAUGUUACCCAAUGCUAAAAAGAGAUUUGGGUUCACUAAAUUUGCCAGUGAAUUGGUUUUAGUCACUGACAUUGAAAAAGAUAAGUUAGCACCAACUGAUUCAAGAUUGAGACCAGAUUUAAAAGCAUACUUAAAGGCAGAUAUUGAAAGUGCUGAGAGUUUGAAGAAUAAAUUAGAAGAAGAUCAAAGAACCAGAAGAAAAGAAAAUGAAACUGCUGGUAAAGAUCAUCAACCAUUGUUCUUCCAUCAUGUAGGACAAGAUAGUGCACCUGAUUCAGGAGAAUGGGUUUAUACUCGUGGAGAGAAAUCUUAUUGGAAUAGAAGAGCCAAUGGUGAUUGGGAUGAUUUACUUGAGUUAUGGUAA